AACUAUUGGCUUUUCUGUUCGAAUUCUAGGAAAAAUAACUAAGAGAACCGUUAUCUUGUUUACACGAAAUUCACUGGUAGUGUACGAUAUUGAGUGCUGCAAACUUGCAAAUCUUCUGCGCCGAUUACGAAUUGAAUUUGGAUAUCGCAAGUCAUUGGAGGCACAAAAUAGUGAAAGCAAAACUAGAAACGUACACAUCAUACAUCAAUCAGAAUUGCGUCACAGUUCCAACAUGGACGUGCUUGAUUUAGUGGAUUUAGUGCUAUCGUCAGUGUGAAUUUACGUAUGAAAGCAGUUAUAUCUCAUCGAUCACAAGUAUAACUUUUAUUAUUACCAUUAAUACAAUUUCACGAUUGCCAGAUUUUGAACUUGUUAAUAUUUAACAAAACGUGGUAAAGUUUCACGGUCCCUCCAAAUUUCGAAGCAUUGCAACAACAACAGGAAACACGAUGAAGAUGGACUCAACCUAUCCCGUAGCGCCAAAAUCAACGACAGACGAUAAUUCCGUGUCGUCUGCCUCUAGCCAUGGCUCAAGUGGAAGCAAUAACAGUGUGACCGAGGAUGAAUCAAGUCUUAGUAACGUCGUGGGCAGCAGUAGUAGUGGAAAUAGCCAGCACCAAACAACGUCGGUUGUCGGAAGUUUGUUGCCAUACGACAGUACCGGCAUUGUACUAGGACUGCCGAAACCGGCACAUCAAGCUAGUAACAUCAUUAUAACACGAGCGUUUGCCUCGUUUGACGGUAUACACAGUGGAGUUCCUACGAAAACGACACCAACGCUUACGCCGACCACGCUCAAAACUAUUGAGCAAACCUUUAUGGAACUGUCCAGCGAUACAUCUAACAACAUUCCCUGUCAAGCCGGAUUCGUUCCGCCGCCGUUUCAGUUCGAAGAUCACAGUCAGGAUCAGGACAAUAGCCGCGAAUCUAUGAGUUCGGGCAGCAACAGCUCUUGGCAGGUUACUCCGCCCCCGAUCAUCUCGGAGGAUAUGGAUUCCAAAGAUUCCACCAAUUCAAGAGAACUAGCACCCGAAUCAAGAGUACAUGCGAUACGGUCCACUGACAUUGCGGCCCGACUAAACAAUCCAACGACAAUGUUGCUUAACACGUCCAAUGCAAACGCUAACGCCCAACCGGCGAACACUUCCGGUCGGACCAAUACCCGCCGCAUGGGUGGCAGACGUCCGACGAAAGCUUCAAAUCUCACCCCGGAAGAGGAAGAGAAACGUCGUAUCCGUCGGGAGAGAAAUAAAAUGGCUGCCGCCCGUUGUCGGCGUCGACGAGAAGAUCACACCAACGAACUUGUCGAUGAAACCGACCAGCUGGAGAGAAAGAAGCAGGCUCUGCAGGACGAAAUCAAGCAGCUCCAGCAGGAGAAGGAGGAUUUGGAAUUUUUGCUAGAAUCGCACCGGGAGCACUGUCGCUUCCAGGGUCGCCGCAGUCCGUUGGAAAAGAAACCAGUCGAACUACAGCCCCAACAGCACGUUGUUACCGAGCAUAAGAUUGUAGCUCCACUGAAGAUCAAGACAGAGCCGGAGGAGUCCGAGCAACCGCCUGCCAAAAAGUUGAUCCUUUCGAACGCUCUGACCGACAGUUUGGACACACCGACACCGCCCAGCAUCGCUCCGGUGCUGACCAGUGUCAACCUUCCGAAGACGAUGCAGCAUCCGUUCAGUGGUCUCAAUACGCCCGUCCUCAUCGGCAACGUUCGACCGACCCGGCCGGCCAGUUUAGACGUUAAGGCGACCGCUCCGUUUCCGCUGCUGAACGUGCGAAGUAUUGCAAUGGAAACCGGUGUCGGUGUUUCGACGCCCUCCAACGGGCUGUUCAACUUCGAUAGCCUAAUGGACGGCGGUACCGGUUUGACGCCCAUCGCAGCACCAAUCUCCCUCCAAUCGAAUCGCGGCCCGCUGGAUUUGAUCACGCCUAAUACUAGUGAACCAUCGAAAUUGUGCAGUCUAUGAAUGGGUAGACGAAAAACGAAACAAAUCUAAUUGGUCAAGAAUGAAUGAACGAAUGUGUUAUCAAUGAUGGCGUUGUGAUUUUAAUCUUAAAAGAUGAAAAAUUUGUACGAAAUAUGUGUUACACUAACGAAUGCUUGAAAUGAUGAAACAGUCGCCACUUAGUGUUUGGACCAUAAACGUUAGUUCUGUUAUUUUCUUAGUUGCGAAUUAUUACUUUGAUUGCUAGGUUAUAUUUAUAAAUUGGAACCCAACGGAAUAAAGAUGUAAAAUUAUUAACUAAAGAAAAUCUAUCUUAUAACUAUUCUAUUGCUUUUUCGUAUCAAAUCACCUGCCUUGAAUGAUAAAAAAAUCGCUUUUCCAUGUUAAACAUCGAUAAGGUCCAAAAUAAAUGAAAGAAAAGAAGGCUCAAACUGAAAUUCGAAAUAGGUAGUUUUUAAUUUGAUUUAAAAACGAGAAAAGUAAUCGUCGUCCUUUCAUCUUCGGAAAUAGGUUAGACCGUAUGUUGAAGAGCGGUUGUGAUAUUUCGAACGUUUUAGAGAAGGUAAGCAAGUAAUUCAGAAGACAGGAACAUAUUUACAAUUUAUUUUAUCUACACAAAUACUGGCGUCAAUGAUUUUAGUACUUUUUAAUACCAGAAUAUUUUCUUUUAUUAAUAACUAAAUUAAAUAACAGUAGAGUAUGCAAGAAUUCAUGGAUUUAGCAAUUAUUUAAAUUAUUCGGUUAAGAUUACCUCGAGAAGCCAUAAUUUUUAAAAAUAAUAAU